GCUGGGGGUCCCCCGGGCGGCAGCGCCCAACGCCUGGUGGGGCAUCCUUGGCCUGCUUCGGGGCGGCGGUGGGGCCGGGCUGGGCCUCACCCCCUGGCGCGGCUUCUCCCGGUGGGGCUGGGCCGAGGCCGCGGGGUCCAGCCCAGCCGCCUUACAGCGGCAUCGAGCGGGGGCCGGGCUGGAGCCGCGGAGCGGGCAGAGCGGUGCCGGGGCCCAGCCCGUGCUCACGGUGCUGCCGAGCUCGGGGCCGGCUCGGCCGGGCCGCUGCCGCCGGAGGGGGUUGACGGUCAGGCGUCCGCUGUGGUGUGGGGCUGGCUGGGGACGUCCCCUUCCCGCGGCAGCCUGGACCGAGGUGGGGCCCAGCUUUGGGGAGCCCUUUCCUUCCUGGGUGGGCAGACAACCCCGGAGAAUCCUCCUCCCCGGUACCGGUUGUGGACAGCUCUGCCCAAGCGUGACAAGCAAAAGCAGAAUCAAACGGGACUCGCUCCCUUUUUUCCCCUGCUGUGGAGUUCCUCUGUCAGGUUUUCCUCAGAACUCAGAGACUCUGGUGUGGCUGGAAGUCGCCUGGAGCAGCGUGGAUAGACGCGAAGCCUCGGCCAGCCCGGAGCUGGAUGUUUCCCACUGGGCUCUGGCUCUAGGAUGUUGGAGAACCGAGAGGAAGAGCUGACCACGGUGCGUGUUCAGGACCCCCGGGUGCAGAACGAAGGCUCCUGGAACUCCUAUGUGGAUUAUAAAAUCUUCCUCCACACUAACAGCAAGGCAUUUACUGCCAAGACCUCAUGCGUGCGGCGCCGGUACCGUGAAUUCGUGUGGCUGAAGAGGCAGCUCCAGAAGAAUGCUGGCUUGGUGCCUGUCCCAGAGCUGCCUGGGAAAUCCACCUUCUUCGUGGGCAGCACGGAUGAAUUCAUCGAGAAGCGGAGACAGGGGCUGCAGCAGUUCCUGGAGAAGGUUGUGCAGAAUGUGGUCCUCCUCUCCGACAGCCGGCUGCACCUUUUCCUGCAGAGCCAGCUCUCGGUACCCGAGAUAGAGGCGUGCGUGCAAGGCCAGGGCUCGCAGACAGUAACGGAAGCCAUCCUGCAUUACGCCAUGUCCAACUGCGGCUGGGUGCAGGAGGAAGAGAGCCGCCCUGUGCUGCUGCCAGGAGUGGACCUGCAUGGCAGCUGUGCUGGCCUGGGAAGCCCGCAGGGUCCGAGCUCCCUGGAGACCUUCCCAUAUUGGAGCGACUUCGGCAUGGACGACGCGCACUCGGACAGUCCGGAUGAGCCAGCUGAGCCCUUGGGCAGACGGCGUGAGAUGCAGUAAGGGGUCUAGCGACCUCGCCUGCCUUCCCUGGGACCUGCAGCCCUCGCUGGAAGAGGGACCGCUGCUGAGCUGGAGGGAUGUCCGGGCUGGCAGGACUGGGGCUGCCCUGGGAACAUGGCCUUGUCCGGGGCUCACAUGCUCUCUCCCUGCUGACUCUUGACUGUCCUUGAUGUCCCAGGCAGUGUGUCGUAUCGCUCUUCUCUUUGGAGAAGAGUCCUAGUGGUUAGUGAAACCUGUGUUUGUUGUUCCCAUGGCCUUUGCUCUCUGACUGCAGCAGUAGCGGGGCUCGGUUUGCAGUGCCAGCGAGGUCCUGUGUUCUUGGCACGUCCCUGGCCCAGGGCAGGGCUGAGUUACGCUAGCUCCCGUCCAGCGUGAUGGAGGAAGGCUUUCCUUGGUGGAGCUGUGAGCAGAGGCUGGCCGUGGCCCAGCGGGUCUCUUUAGUCCCCCGUGUUCCCCUCCGUGCCGCAGGCAGGGGAGGCUGCAUUUCCCUGGUAACGGCUGCGCUGUGCGGCUCCUGGGGAGGGUGGUCUCAGCUGCGCAGAGCCGAAACCCGCACGUGGGGGUGCAGAUACCAUAUCCACACCUGGGGCCUCCUGGCACAGCUCGCCCCGCAGGUUGCCUGCAGCUGGGCUGAACAGCAAUGAGCUUCCCCCUGGGAGCACGAGGCAGGGGAGGGAGUUGGGGGGGAGGUAGAGUGGGGCAGUUUGUCUCCCCUGCUCUUUCGAGGGGAUUCUUCUUCCAGAGGGGCUCCUUCCUCACACCCCAAUUGCCAUGCACAGGGGGGAACUGCGGACCUCACAACCAGGACCUUAGUUUGCUCGGAAAAAAGGAGCAUGUAGUUGCCUUGGAGUCGGUGUCUGGCAGCGCUUGGGCUCUGGCUACUCCUGAUGCUGGUCCCUGUGCUCUCCUGCACAUUUUCCUCCCACCCUCAGCACUGGUGAAGGCAGAGCCAACAUGCUCUGACUUGAAAUAAAAAUGAAGUAGAAGAG